CCUACUCCAGCUCCACGCCGGCGAAGGUCUCGUCGGCGCUCCCCGUCGUUCCGGCGGAAACGAGAUCGGCUACGGCGAAUCGACCCGCGCGCGUCUCCCGUCCCCGGAGGAGGAGGACUGCCCCCCCUGAUCAUGGCGAGAAUCGGCGUCGCCAUGGAGGUCGGCCGCGACGGCGUCGCCGUCGUCACAAUGUCCAAUCCUCCCGUCAACGCCUUGGCCAUUCCAGUUCAAUCUGAAUUAAAGGAGAAGUUGGAUGAAGCUAUGAGGAGAGACGAUGUGAAGGCUAUUGUCUUGACAGGCAACGGUGGGAGGUUUUCUGCUGGUUUCGAUAUCAAUGUCUUUGAGCAGACUCAGGAGACCGGUGAUAUUUCGGGUCUCCCUGAUACGUCCGUUGAACUCGUGGUCAACACAAUGGAAGAUGCCAAGAAGCCUAUUGUUGCUGCCAUAGAAGGACUUGCUCUUGGAGGUGGCUUAGAAUUGGCGCUGGGAUGCCAUGCACGUGUAGCAGUGCCAAGGACACAACUUGGCUUACCAGAGCUAUCACUUGGAAUAAUUCCAGGAUGGGGAGGAACACAACGUCUUCCGAGGCUUUUAGGACUGCCCAAGGCUAUUGAAAUGAUGCGGUCUUCCAAACCAAUUAUGUCAGAAGAGGGGAAGGAACUAGGUCUCAUUGAUGCCAUCGUUCCUUCAGGAGAAUUGCUGAAAGUAUCUCGUCUCUGGGCUCUGGACAUUGCAAAUAGGCGUAAACCAUGGGUUCGUUCACUUCAUCGCACAGAUAAGCUUCCUCCCCUGUCCGAAGCACUCAAGAUACUGAAAAUUGCACGAGAACAAGCCAAGAAGACUGCCCUUCACUUGCCUCAGCAUCAGGCAUGCCUUGAUGUGAUGGAAGAAGGCAUUGUUCAUGGUGGAUAUAAUGGGGUUCUAAAGGAGGCUAAAGUAUUUAAGGAGUUGGUCUUAUCGGAAGCUUCGAAGGGCCUUGUUCAUGUAUUUUUUGCUCAGCGUGCGACGGCAAAGGUGCCUAAUGUCACUGAUGUUGGGUUAAAACCAAGGAAGGUGAAGAAGGUUGCUGUGAUAGGUGGAGGUCUAAUGGGUUCUGGCAUUGCUACUGCUCUUAUUCUGAACAAUAUAUACGUCAUUCUUAAGGAAAUCAACUCUGAAUAUCUUCUAAAGGGGAUAAAAAUGGUUGAAGCUAAUGUUCGAGGUCUUGUAGUGAAAGGGAAACUGACACAGGGUAAUGCGGAAAAGGCUUUGUCAAUGCUAAAAGGUGUCCUGGAUUAUGCAGAUUUUAAAGACGUGGACAUGGUGAUAGAGGCUGUGAUUGAGAACAUUUCAUUAAAACAAGCAAUUUUUAGUGAAAUUGAGAAGAUAUGUCCUCCCCAUUGCAUACUAGCUACAAAUACUUCUUCGAUUGAUCUUAAUAUCAUUGGAGAAAGAACCAGCUCUCAAGAUCGGAUUGUGGGUGCUCAUUUUUUCAGUCCUGCUCAUAUAAUGUCCCUAUUGGAGAUUGUACGCACAGAGAGGACUUCUGCACAAGUGAUUCUUGAUCUUAUGACAGUUGGAAAAAUCAUAAAGAAGGUUCCGGUUGUGGUGGGCAACUGCGCUGGGUUUGCUGUAAACCGGGCAUUCUUCCCAUAUUCCCAAGGUGCACAUCUGUUGGUCAGUCUAGGUGUGGACCCCUUCAAGAUUGAUAGGGCAAUUGUCAACUUCGGCUUCCCUCUUGGUCCUUUCCAGCUUCAGGACGUUGCCGGAUAUGGUGUGGGCAUGGCAGUUGGGAAAGUAUUUGCUGAUGCCUUUCCGGGCCUGACAUAUAAGUCUCCUCUGCUUGAACUUUUGAUCAGAAGUGGGCGAAAUGGGAAGAACAAUGGAAAGGGAUAUUAUAUCUAUGAAAAGGGGCGCAAACCAGUACCUGACCCAUCUGUGCAACCUAUUGUUGAGGAGUCUAGGAGGAUUGCCAAUAUCAUGCCUGGUGGAAAGCCUCUCUCUCUUUCUGAACAAGAAAUUGUGGAAAUGCUAUUAUUUCCUGUGGUGAAUGAGGCGUGUCGUGUUUUGGCUGAAGAAGUGGUAAUACGAGCAUCAGACCUUGACAUUGCCUCAGUCCUUGGGAUGAGUUUCCCAUCAUUCCGUGGCGGUCUCGUAUUUUGGGGCGAUGCGGUCGGACCAAAUCACAUAUACAAAAGUCUCAAGAAGUGGUCAGAAUUAUAUGGUAACUUCUACCUUCCAUCAAGGUUUUUGGAAGAAAGAGCCACGAAAGGCAUCCCACUGAGUGCACCUGUGUCAUCCUCAUCACGUUCAAAGUCACGACUCUAGGAGUUUUCCUUUCCCAUGCUUUGUGCCUAUGUCGUCCGCUGCUCCAAUCAAAGAAUAAAACUAGCCCAUUUCCUUGUUAUUCAAUAUGGAGGCUCGAGAGCAAUAAGGGGUUUGCUUGUUGAAGUGUAAGCUAUGCCACAAGCAUAUUCAAGCUUCUGUCAGCUAAUUUAUGCUCUAAAAUGCGUCGAUUGUAGAGAUGGCAAUUUCGUGUUAAUUAGGCAUGCUAAAUGUAAACCAUUUUGUGGCAUCUACUACCAGUUAGUAAUUGUCGUUGCUGACAUUCGAAAGGGAUGUUAAAAAGUGUGAGUAUUGGGUGUUGAAGGUGGUCUUUGCCAA